AUGUUGGCGUUGGUACCAGUUACUGCACGAUGGCCGGUUGCCAACACCCUUCUUCCCUUUUCGCCCCGUUUUCUUUUUCUUUCUUUCUUUCUUUCUUUCUUUCGUUUCCCUCAAUUUUCGUUUCUCACCCACGCACUUUUAAGUUUUCUCAUUUUAUUGUUUUGUUCUCUCUCUAUAUCUUUCUCUCUGCUUUUAAUUUCUGUUCUUUCUUGCCACGUUCUACUCAUAUACACUUUCUUUAUUCUUUUUUUAUUUCCACCCUUGCCUCUCUUUUUCUCUCGCCUUCUUUUAUUUUUAUUUCUUUUCUCUUACCUUUUUUUGUUUGUUUCUCACACUUCCGUGUCUUCUUUCUUUUCUGUUAUCUUUUUUUAUUAUUUCUGUUUUACUUUUUUUUUCUUAUAUUUUUUUUAUUCAUUACGCCAUUUUUUUUAUUUCAUUUUAUUUUAUCUCUCUCUACCGUUUUCUUCAUUUGAAUGCUUGGGAGGGAGAGGGAAAAAGUGUGCAGACCAUCUGAAAAUAAUUCUCCCUCUCCCUCCUUUACACACCCACAAACUGCUUGAAUACCCCCCCCCCCCGCCAUCAACCAGUACUUAUUUUAUUUACAUUAUAAAAUUCUCAUCACCGGUUCCUUGCCUUCCGCAACCAAAAAAACUCACUCCCCUUUUACUCGCCUCGUCUCAUUCCCAACAGCGAACAUUUCACCUGACCAACUUUUUGAUAUUAUUACGGUAA